AUAGUUUAUAAUGCGUAUCAUCCGAAACAUUUUACCUAACCCACUUACUGUGUAUUAAAACCAGAAUAAGUGAAUUUAUUUUUGACUCCUACCUUUCUUGCCGAUGUUACUGAUGAUGUUAUCUUGCCUUAAGUAGUUUCGCCAGCUACCUAAGCUAGCAUGCUUUUUGGCGAAGUUAGCGUCUGUGUAGACAGACAGUUAACCUAAAAAUAAAUAUGCUCAGAAAUGGCUAACAUUUAGUUAGCUGGCUAACUUCGCGUGGACGUUACAAAUGUAGUUAAACUUUUGCGCGUUAGUUACGUUGUUUAACUUACGCUAACUGCUAGCUAGGCAACAUUAUUAAGGUUAACAGGUAAACGGGUAUAGCUAGAAAAUAUAGAUAUAGCUAGGCCGUUAAUAGAGUUCGUAAUAAGCAAUGAUAUCUCCGCACUGUAACACCGACCGGUUUCAGUCAAACGAGCAUUUGUAGAUUUCUAAAUUUGAUCUUUUUCUCCCUUGUAAUCAUCUCGACGUUUUCCUUCCAUCAUUUUUGGAUUGGUGUUUUGUGAUUAUUUUUUUUUACCAGUGAAAGUUUCAAGUUACUGCUAUGGAUAAGAUACGAGGCGCUACUCAGCUGGGGGUCUCUGUGUAGCAGGUGGUGGCGAGCGGGUGCUGAUGGGGGACGAAAAGGACACCUGGAAAGUGAAAACACUCGACGAAAUUCUCCAAGAGAAAAAACGCAGAAGGGAGUUGGAAGAGAGGACAGAGCCCAAACGUCUGAAAAAUUGUGUUCCAUGCCCUGUUCCACAGACGGAUGAUCGGGAAGCCAAACGGGACACUCCGGAGGAAGGAGAACUACAGGAUCAAAAAAUGGAAAUAACAAUCCGGAAUUCCCCGUAUAUACGGGAAGACUCCACAGAGGACAGGGGCAGCCUGUUUGUUGAGUCGUUGGCACUAGACAGUCUUCCCAAUUCCAGGGGAGAAGAGGAUGAAUCGCUGGCAAUAAAACCUCCACCGCAAAUGGCCAGGAAAGACAAAUCGCAUCACAGAAAGGAAGAGAAGAGGAAGGACAAGAGACGCCACCGCAGUCACUCUGCUGAAGGAGCAGCAGCGGCAGGUAAACACAUGCGGCCCAAAGAAAAGGACCGGGAGAGCGAGCGCAGGAAGCGGCAGUGGGAGGAGCAGGACAAGGCUCGGCGAGACUGGGAGAGGCAGAAGCGCAGGGAGCAGGCCAGAGCCCAGUCCCGCAGAGAGAGAGCUCCUGACAGGAUUCCCCCGUCUUCCCCGGACUACAGGGACAGGUUGGAGCAGGUGGAGCGUCAGCGGGAAAGGGAUCGCAAACUCCGUGAGCAGCAGCAAAAGGAGCAGCGUGAGCAGAAGGAGAGGGAGAGAAGGGCAGAGGAGCGGCGCAAAGAGCGCGAGGCACGCCGAGAAGUGCCCUCCCAACACCGUGUGCCGCCCGAUGAGUAUGUGGACAAGCCCAAACAGAGCCACCGGAGCCGCAGCCCCAACCGGGCUCCCCGGGAGCGACCCGAGCACAGCGGUGAACCCCGCAGGAGUAGUGCAGGGAAGGAGGAGAAGCCUGAGGACAAGGACCCGCUGUCUGACCUCCAGGAUAUCAGUGAUAGUGAGAGGAAGACCAGCACAGGAGAAUCCUCCUUAGGCUCUGGCUCAGGGUCAGGCUCAGAAGAAGAAGAAGAAGAAGAAGAGGAGGAAGAAGAUGAUGGUGAGGAAGAAGCCUCUAGCAGUCCAAGCGAGGGAGAGGGAGGGGAAGAGGAAUCUGGUUCUGGCUCAGGAGAAUCUGAUCAGACAGCAGAGGAAGUAAGUGAAGAUGAGCAGUCUGAGGAAGAGUUUGAGGAAGAGCGAGAGAAUGGCAACCAUGUUCUUCCAGUGCCGGAGUCCCGGUUUGACCAUGACACAGAGGAAAGUGGAGAAGAGGAAGAGGAAGAGGCAGGGGAGAGAGACGUGACCCCUCAGUUUGUUUCACACUCCCACUCAGCCACCCCAGAGCCCGAGGAGAACUAUAUCCCCGAUUCUCCCCCUAUCUCUCCUGUGGAGCUGAAGAAGGAGUUGCCAAAGUAUUUACCAGCUCUACAGGGCUGUCGCAGUGUUGAGGAGUUCCAGUGUCUGAAUCGUAUCGAGGAAGGGACCUACGGCGUUGUUUAUAGGGCCAAAGACAAAAAAACAGAUGAGAUUGUGGCCUUGAAGCGUCUGAAAAUGGAGAAGGAGAAAGAAGGUUUCCCAAUCACCUCUCUAAGAGAGAUCAACACCAUUUUGAAAGCCCAGCACCCUAACAUCGUCACUGUCAGGGAAAUUGUUGUUGGAAGCAACAUGGACAAAAUCUACAUUGUGAUGAACUAUGUGGAGCAUGACCUGAAGAGCUUGAUGGAAACCAUGAAACAGCCUUUCCUCCCAGGUGAAGUGAAGACUCUGAUGAUCCAGCUACUACGAGGGGUCCACCAUCUCCAUGACAACUGGAUCCUACAUCGUGACCUGAAGACCUCUAACCUGCUGCUCAGCCACAAGGGGAUCCUCAAGGUGGGUGACUUUGGCCUGGCCCGGGAAUACGGUUCUCCACUGAAGCCCUACACUCCUGUGGUAGUGACCUUGUGGUACCGUUCUCCUGAGCUGUUACUGGGAGCCAAGGAGUACUCAACAGCUGUGGACAUGUGGUCUGUGGGCUGCAUAUUUGGAGAGCUUCUAACCCAGAAACCACUCUUCCCUGGAAAAUCUGAAAUCGACCAAAUUAACAAGAUAUUUAAGGACUUGGGGUCACCCAGUGAGAAGAUUUGGCCGGGCUACAAUGAGCUCCCUGCUGUGAAGAAGAUGACUUUCACAGAGUACCCGUACAACAACCUCCGCAAGCGCUUUGGAGCCCUGCUGUCAGACCAGGGCUUUGACCUGAUGAACAAGUUCCUCACCUACUGCCCGAGCAAGAGGAUACUUUCAGAUGAGGCACUGAAGCAUGAGUAUUUCCAGGAAACGCCACAGCCCAUUGACCCGUCUAUGUUCCCCACCUGGCCAGCCAAAAGCGAGCAACAGAGGGUGAAAAGAGGCACCAGCCCCCGACCCCCUGAGGGAGGCCUGGGCUACAGUCAGCUGGGUGACGAUGACCUGAAAGACACAGGCUUCCAUCUGACAACCAGCAACCAAGGGGCUUCUGCCGUAGGCCCAGGGUUCAGUCUGAAGUUUUAGCUGGAUGUCUGGAGGCACUUCUUCAGGAGGGACGUCUGGGACAAGGAGUCACUGGACGUGGUUUCUAAUGUGUCCGGAUUCAUUGUGGGAAUGGCUUUCCAUGUCAGGGGUCAACUGUCUCCCUUACCAUGAGCCUUUGAUAGUAGACACUGUUUAACCACAGGAAAAAACUGCUCAGUUUCCUGUUUACUUUUCAUGUUCGCUAAAUCCCACCAGUUGAACCAUCAUCUUUUCAAGCGUUUUCACAAGCAUAUUCUGAGAAUGUUCAGCUCUUUUGGAAGUAAGGCAUCUGUGCUUUGAAACCAAACUACGUUUUUGUCUGUAGUUUAGGCCAUGCAUUGGUUUAUUUUACUUUGUAACGGAUCCCCUACUUAACAUAAAAAACAAUUACAUACUGUUUUGAAAAGUAGCAAAAAUAAUGUCAUCAAGCAUCAAGUGAAAAGUCGUCUUUUUAUGAAAACCGAACUGUGCACCCGACCUGGCCAGGACAAGCUUUCUGUUAUGCUGUCCCGAUUUCUACACCCAUGGGCUCUUGACUGUGUGUAGGUGUUGAACCAAAGCUGACUAAAUGUUUCAUGCCUGUCUACUUUUUUAAUUGCCUGCUCACCUCACUUUUCUAAAAAGGAAAUGUGUUGAACAGUUCCGCAAGUUAGUUGUUGGCCAUAUCUCUUGUCUUUUUUUUUUUUUUAGACUUAAACUGAGAAGGACCGUAUUUUAAGUGGUUAGUAUAUCCUCACUACUAGCCCAACUGUAUAAUAAUGUAGUGUUAGAACUGUUGGUACAUCAUAUUGUACAAACUUAAGUGUAUGACUGACAGCUUACAUACGUAUACAGGUUUUUGUUAGAAAUAAACUGUAUAAUUUUUAUUA